UGUAAUUAACAAUUUCCUCCGAUAUUUUGAUAUGAAAAUUAAAGAAAUCAGUCUAUUCCCAAACGAAAGUUCUCCUUUCAGAUGAAAUAUUAAAACUUCUUAAGAUAUUAAGGCUUUCCUGGGGUGAAGACGCAUGUGUGAAGCUUCCAGGAACUCAAAAUCGAUAUUUGUUUCGUGUAUUCAAUCAGAAUAAUCAGAUCAUAAAUUAAAUUAAACUCGAAUCUCAUUAAAUUUUUAAUACGUGCCAAAAUGAGUGAGAAAGUUGAAGAAAAUAUAUUUCUUUUCAUUCCAAACCUGAUAGGGUAUGCCAGGAUCAUUUUAGCCUUCAUUUCUUUUUAUUUCAUGAGCACUAACUAUUUGAUUGCAUUGGCAUCUUAUGCCAUAUCUGCUCUACUUGAUGCCAUCGAUGGACAUGCCGCAAGGUAUUUCAACCAGGGCACCAAAUUUGGGGCGAUGUUGGAUCAACUAACCGAUCGCUGUGGAACCAUGUGUUUGUGUGCGGUUUUGGCACAUUUAUAUCCAGAACACAUGUUUUGGUACCUCCUUUCCAUGUGUAUCGAUAUCUCGUGUCACUGGUUAUACUUACACACUUCCAUCCUACAAGGAAAAUCAAGUCAUAAGUUCAUCGAUAUGUCGGAAAAUCGAAUAAUGAACGUGUAUUACACCAACAGGACUGUUUUGUUCUUUAUGUGUGCCGGUAACGAAUGUUUCUAUUUGGCGCAAUAUAUUCUCCAUUUCACAUCGGGACCAAUAUUUAUGGGGCUGCAUAUUAUUAAGGUUAUACAAAUCAUAUCAUUCCCGAUAGCGAUUUUAAAGAGUGGAAUAUCUCUAUUGCAUUUAGUCGUGGCUUGUAAGAAUCUAUCGAUAAUAGACUGCAACGAAAGGAAGAAAGUUGUGAAGAAACUCGAAUAAAGGGUGCAAAAGACGAAGUGAACCUAGAUCAUACAGAGUAUUCCAAACUGAAGAAUUUUUUCCGACUAUAUGAGAUGUUACGAUACCAAAGAUUUAAAAUUUACGUUUGUAUUUGUUGAUGUGUGAAUUCCUUGAAAAACAAUAAGUUUAAUGUUCCUAACCUUAUAGAUUCCAAAAUUUGAUUAAAUGUUAACCGUAAA